AUGGCUCCUGUAGUAAUUGCUGUAGAUCUUACGUUUCUCACUGACUUCAUCAACAGUAUGAGGAUGGGAGAUUUCUAUGCGUAUCUGACAUUUAUUGGUAUUAUUAGUGUCUGGAGUCUUUAUGGGCUGAUCUGUACUUUGAUGGGCUCACUGGGCGGUGUGACAGUCUACAUGAUUGGCCUUCUUGUUGGCAUUGUAGCUGCUAUGAUUGUGGGUUUUAUUCAUAUCAUGCUGCUAUUCAUCAAUUACAGGCCUGUCUUGAUGAACUCGUGCCUCCAAAGAGAUCCAUCGAGGCUGUUUUGGUGGUCUCUGGGUUUUGAAGAUACUACUGAAAUGAAGCAAAUCUAUGCUAAUUGUCAGAGUCAAUGGGCGACAUUUGCAACUGAAAGAAUAGUGUCCUAUGUGCUUUACAGCAUCCUAUCAAGCGUGUGCGCCUUUUUUGUCGUUUCCUAUCAGCGCCAAAUGAUCGAGAGAGACAGGCAAGCAAAGGGCGUCAUUGCAAGCCAUUCAGACAGUGGUUGGUCUGACGAUGAGGACGAUGGUUAUAGUGAAAGGAGAAAGCUGAGAGGUCAUUCGAUUACUUAUCAUGAUGCAUCGUUCCCCUCAUCUCCCAAUGAAAAGACAAAGGCAGCUAGCACGACAAGCCCUGCCAAUACGGCACCCAGCACACCUGAUAAUGGAACUGCCAGUGUAUUGUCUGCUGACAUGUACCAACAACGGCAGCGCUUGUUUGAUGAAAUUGCCAAGCGCAAGAAGGCUAGAAAGAACUUGAAGCGUAAAUCGAUUACCAGUAAUCCCACGCGCAGUUCGGUUCUCGUUGUGCACCCCUUGGAUCUAUCUCAAGAUCCAGAGGCAUACACACCUCCUCCCAUGCCUUCAGCGGAACCAGGAAAAGAAGAGCCAUCUUGGAACAGAUACAACGAGAAAGAAAGCACGAUUCGAGAGGAUGAAGAAGCCAUUGAGCGCCAAAAACGACUGAAUGCGCUGUCUGCAGAACGAAUGGAAUACGAGAUGUAUCGAUCUGACGAAGUCUCUUCUACAUCAUCAAGCGUAGUUCACAAACCUCACGAACUAGACGAUGAUGACGAUGAAGGAGAUGCAGCUGUUGCUAAAAAAUCGCAUCGAAAGCGUCCUACAUCAGGACGAUGGUCUCAAGUGUAUGCAGAUAACAGCGUCUCUAAGCCAUUAACCACGUUGAACCAAGCCAACGAGGAGGAGGAAGAGCAAGAGGAGGAUCACGAGAAUCAACAGCUUAUGGACCCUGAAAACCAGGAAUCAUUGAAUAAAUAA